AUGCUCUCCUACGUCAUUGGGCUCGUCGCCAUUGUGCUCUUCCUUGGCAACCCCAUAAGCCAAUUCUUCUUUCCGCAACACGACCGUCCCAAGCGGCCCGAAUGGGCCCCGAGACCGGCCCUCGACGAGUCGCUGCUCGCCCUCGAGGCGCCCAACGACACCCGGCUGGAUUGCCCGUCCGACGCGUACUCGACCCGCAUUCUCAGCAGAGAGCCAUUGGUACUGUAUCUCGAGGGCUUUCUGAGCGCCGACGAGAGACGGCAUCUCCUUGACAUCAGUGAGCCGCUAUUCGAGCCGUCCACAAUCACUCACAAGGACAAAGAUACGAGCCGCGAUGUCUCUGUCCGCGACUCCGCCGUCGCCAUGGUGCCACGCACACCCCAGGUCCGCUGCAUCGAAGCUCGUGCCCGCGCCAUCCAGGGAUGGCGUGAAGACGUCUACAUCGAGCGAUUGCGUACCCAGCGCUACGGCCCCGGCGGCCACUACUCGCACCACUUUGACUGGGGUGCCAACGUCCAGGGCUGGGGCCGCGUGAGCAGCUUCAUGGUGUGGGUCGACGCCUCGGACGACCUCAAGGGCGGCGGUACCGAGUUUCCCCUACUGCAGCCGCGUGGCGAGGGCGGCCCGCGCUGGUGCGAGCUCGUCGACUGCGGGAGCAACGGUACGUUGCGGCGCGACGACGGCGGCGAGGACCACCAGCAGCCCCACGGAACCGUGUUCAAGCCGCGCGCGGGCAACGCCGUGUACUGGGAGAACUUUCGCGCGGAUGGCACAGGGUAUGACGAGACGUGGCAUGCCGGCCUGCCCGUGACCAAAGGCGUCAAGGUCGGGCUCAACAUUUGGAGCUUUGGCAGGAUUCUGUGA